AUGCAAAUGGUGUGCGCAGUGAUCAUUCCAAGUGAAGGUUCGUUGAGGCUGGACGUGAUCGACUUGCCGACAGGAUUCUUUCCGGAAGGCAUCACCAACGGCGAAGGAUGGACUGCGUUCGUGGGCUCAUGGAUGAGUAGGAACAUCUGGAAGGGCGAUCUCGAAACCGGCCACGGCGAAGUGUUUGAGCUUGCUGCUCCGGGCCCCGCGGUAGGCCUGGACCACGACCGCCAAUCUGGCUAUCUCUUCGUCGCUGGGGGACAACUAGGUGCGCCACCAUUUUUCAUUCCAUUGGCUUGA